GCCCUGCUCUCUCUCUCUCUCUCUCUGUGUGUGUGUGUGUGUGUGUGUGUGUGUGUGUGUGUGUGUGUGCGCGCGUGUGCGCGCUGGUCUGCUCCUGCUGCACAAUCCAACAUGGAGUAAAGAGAGAUGGGGCUCGUACGGGGCCACCCUCAGCACCAACCACCACCCAGCAAGCACUACUAUUACUAUUGCACGGUCGUAAUACAUGCAAACCUUCCUUUCUAAACUAAGUCUGACGCAAAAAUACAACCGGGAGGAUACUGACGGGCGUUUGAGGAUUCAGCGUUGUUUAUCACGGUCAUCAGCAACUGGUUCGCCUUGUAGGAGAAAAGAAGAGGAAAGAGGGAUCAGAAACGGGGGACGAAGAGGAGAACAAAAACAAACCGAAUCUGGAGAAACUGGUUAAAGGAGAUAUGUGACGGAUUUAAUUGGGACUACACAGAGGGGCAAAGAAAAAAUGACGAGCGAAGAAACGAGUGCACCCGUUGUGGGAUUUUGUACUAGGUGAAACGAAAAAAUGAUUGAAGAAACACACCCAAACGAUGACAGCUACAUCGUACGCGUGAAAGCGGUGGUAAUGACCCGGGAUGACUCGAGUGGGGGUUGGUUAGCUCAAGAGGGCGGAGGGCUCAGUCGGGUUGGCGUCUGCAAGGUGGCACCGGCUGAGCUGAGUGGACACAAUGACUUCCUCAUUCACGGAGAGCGUCUCAAAGACAAGCAGGUGGUUCUGGAGUGUUUUGUGAGGAAAGAUUUAAUCUACACCAAGGCCACACCUACGUUUCACCACUGGAAGGUCGAUAACAGAAAGUGUGGCCUCACGUUCCAGAGUCCCGCUGAUGCCCGUGCCUUCGACCGAGGCGUCCGGAAAGCUCUAGAGGACAUAACAGAAGGUUCCACAACUUCCUCUUCAACACUCCAGAACGAAGCUGAGCUCGGAGACGAUGAUGUCUUCACACCACCUUUAGCCAAUGACAGCUUCUCCAACUCGUCCCAGAAGAAGGGGCAGGUCAUACAGCCAUUAACAACCUCCACCUUCUAUGAACCCCACCGCCAUCACUACAUCCUGGGCCACUUUCACGAGCAGUACAGGACCCCGGAACGCUACUUCCUAGACCAGCCAGCACCGAGGUUGGCGAGACGCGUUAGCUUCCUGGACGAAGAGGAGGAGGUCGUGCGCAUUAACCCACGUGAACGUGCCUGGCUUGCAGGCUAUGAGGACUACAGGCACGCGGCAGCACGGGCCCAGGGCCUUGACUCAUACGUGCACUUUACAAAAGGUGAGACACCGGGCAAGCAUGACUACAGCUAUCCAUAUACGCCGGGCUCUGAUCUGAAUAAGGCUCGGCGAGGCUCCGGGGUUGGAGCUGUGGUCUCUCAGCCACCCAGCUUCAAACUAAAGGAGGAUGAGGAAGACUGUAUGGGUGACCGGCGGCACUGCGUUUACUGUGGCGGAAUUUUCCGGAACGAGGAGAACGGCCGCGGCCGCUGCCCCGACGCCCCGGACCCGACGCGUACCUGCAUUCGGAAGCUCAGCUGCAUGUGGUGCGCCGACAGCUUGCUCUAUCACUGCAUGUCAGACCCAGAGGGAGAGUACUCGGACCCUUGCUCGUGUGACACGGCCGACGACCGGUUCUGUCUGCGCUGGCUUGCUCUUCUCGGGCUGGCAUUGCUCGCGCCGUGCCUGUGCUGUUACCCACCGCUGCAUGCUUGCCACCGCUGCGCCGUGGCCUGCGGCUGCUGCGGCGGGAAGCACAAGGCCUCCGCGUGACCCCUGACUCGAAUUCCGCCCUUUACAUCACGUGUUGAACUUAUGCAGAUGGUGGGCUUCAGGACAGCAGGAAAACAUUUUAGGUUUCUUUUUUAAUGUCUGUCUCUCAAUCCUUAUUCUGGACGGAUAUAAAGAAAUAAUGGUGCAUUUAACUGGCUUGAAUAUUUUUUUUCCUUUUUUAUAUAAAUAUGAAUAUAUAAAUAUAUAUAAGUGGGUGUGUGUGAGUGUAUGUGUGUUCCUGUGUAUGUUUUCUCAUCUCCUGGACGUUUCUAUUCAGUAAAAGAUAUGGCUCUUCUUUUCAGGUGGCCCUUUAGGAGCCGACUUGUUAAGCAUUACUUAUGCAGGUACUUUAUAUUUUUACACUGAUUUUUAGUUUCCAGAACUUGAAUGAAUCGUUUUUAGGGGUGUAUGUGUAUGCUUGACUGGAGAAUAAGUCCUUGGAUUUUGGGUUGCCAUGACCAGCUAGGGGAGAUGUAAUCUAUCUGAAACCUUUGAAACGUACAGAACAAUAACUUUGAGAUUAGUUUGAGACACUACACCUAUAGUCAGGUUGUUAGUGUGUUUGAUUGUGUGUGUGUGUGUGUGUGUGUGUGUGUGUGUGUGUGUGUGUGCGCGAGACCGCUGAAGCCUGCAUGUGCGUUGUAAGGGUAUGAGAACAUUGUAUCACAGCAUAGUAUUGUUAUUGUAUUUAAGCCAAAUUUACAUAAGCUGCAUUGUGGGUAUAUGUAAAUACUGUAUACUCAUGUAUACGUUUCAAAUAGAUUAUUCUAUCAACAGCCUUGUUUGUUCUAAAUAGACGUUUUCCUUUGGGUUUAUUAGAAUUGUAAAUCUUUUAAAUUACCAUGAUUGAUAUCCAAAGAGUGUUUUGGGGUCUUUUUUGUCAUAUUUAUUUUCUUAGUCAAUUGAAUCACCAGCCAAAAGGGACAAUGAAAUAAAGACAUAGUUUCUGCUAUUGGAAUAGGAACCAGGUGGAAUGUUAUAUAUCCCUGCAUAUUAAGCUUGAAAAGAAAAUGCUAUAUUUCUGUUAAUACUAUAUUUCUGUUCUUUUUUUAUGCUAAUCCUGCUCAAACGCCUGCAAGAGCAGGAGACUUAUUAGAGAGACUUUGCCAAACUGAUGAUACUAAAUGCCUUAAUUUUACAAAAAAACAAAGAGAUGGGUAAAUGCUUUUGCGUCUGGCAUGGGAAUGUCUGAAUAAGCCUUGCAUUUGCUCAAGGACAAUUCCUUGUGAGUUCUUUAAAUCAGAAGGAAAUAACGAAUAUUUUUCUACCAUAUUAAAAAAAUCGAAUGAAUGAACCUUUUUUAAUCAAGAGAAUUAAAAUGUGUGUAUAAAAUGUGGAAGGACUUGAGAAAUUAGCAUCGUACAAUCUGUAAGGCAGCUCGGUAUGCACGUAUGCUGUGUCUCAAACAUUCAAGUUACUCAUCCAGUCACUGCAAAUAUAAAUCAUCCAGUAAGAAAAUACGAUUUGGUUUUGCUAGGCCCGUCUGUGCACGAUUCCCUGCUGUAAGUGUAGAGUACGUGGAUAUAACAUACACUGUGUGCUUAAUACAUAAACAUUCAGCACACGCAUUCAAGCUAAGUCCUGAUAGCGUGUCCCGAUGUAAACCAUCUCACAGUAAAUAACGUCCUUCGUCCACAGUCCAUUCCUUCUUACUCUCAUCAGCUUUGGCAAUACUGAAAAUCACCCUGUUCACCAAGAGCCCGGUUCACCUGUGGUUAACCCUUUAACCAAAAGCAUCGUCUGUACAUGUGUCUGAGUGCAGUCUCGCAGGUACACACAUUUUACCUGUUUAAAAAAGUGCCUGAAGCAUAUUGUUGAUCUAGCUCCUUGUGUACUGAAGUAAAGAUUAGAUAAACCCUGUUGUAUUGAUUCGCUUUGUUUUUUACAAUAAGAAUUUUUACCUCUGUAAAACAAAAACAAUCUAUAUCAAGUGUAUGAUGUACAUUUUUAUUUCUAUUUUCUUUUUUUAUAGUUUCUUAAUAUGUAUGAUUGUUAAAGCUCUUUGCUUUUAAGAAAGGAUGGACGAGAAAAUCAGAACUUUGUAAAUACCGGUAGAUCAUAUCGGAACUACCAGAAGUGUGGCCUGGCCAGUAAGUAGUUCUACAUAUGUUCUAGCUCCCAAUAAAAAUAAAUUGACAGAAA